UUACCGGAAGUAGGGUAAAGUUCUUGUUUCAUUUUCGUACAUUAUGUUGUGAGUUGAUAUAUAUGAAAUGUCAAACACUAAUAUUAGACAAUGUGGCGAACUGUUUCAUUUGUUGACCGGGUUGAAGUUGACUUCGAUGGAAACUUGUUCAAUCAGGCGAUAACUUUAGCUGACAUCGACAAUGACAAGACAAACGAACUGAUUGUUGGUAACACAGAAGGUGACCUCGCUAUCUUCAGAGGAACAAAUCGAACUCCAUGGAAAGUCUGCACAGACCUAGGAAUGAUAACAUGCAUUGGUGUGGGGGAUGUCUAUGGAAAAGGAAAAAAUAUCCUGGUGGUCCUGACAGCUGAGGGCUGGUGCUACCUGUUCGAGGUCAAAGGGGACUCUUCUUCAGGGGAGAAUAGCAAGGACAAUGAAGAGGAGCUAGACAAAAUAUUGAAGCCAUCAUUUACACAACACUUACCUGCCAAUGGCAAAGUUCUCCUCAUAGAUGAUAUUGAUGGUGAUGGACAGACGGAGGUGGUGGUCGGGUACUCAGAUCGAGUGGUCAGAUGUUUCACCUGGUCAGUUUCCCAGGACCACGAGACUGAAGCAGCCAGUGGGAAAUUUUUACAAUCAGGAAAAUGGCAGCUUACUGGACAGAUUGGAUCAUUAACAGUGAAUAUAUGUGAGGAUGGUAAUCCCGAACUGCUGGUGUCCCAGCCAGGAGGGACAUAUGUAACACUUUACCACACCACUGAGGCGGAGGAUGCUAAUAUCCACAAGUUUGAAAAUGAGUGUUUGGGGAUUUCAAGAACCAGGAACACUUCCAUUUCUACCGAAAUCAUUGGCAGUAUUAAAAAGGGAACUAGUAGUGAACAGUUAGAGGCUGGAACCUUCUACGCGCUGUGUACACUCGACGGGACAUUGCUGUUGGUUGAAAACAAACAGAUUUUAUGGUCACUACAAGUAGAUCACCAACUCUUCUCACUGACUAAGUUGGACAUUACGGGUAACGGUAUGGAGGAGGUUGUGUGCUGUGCUUGGGAUGGGCAGACUUACAUUGUAAACCACACUAGAGACGUGGUUCGCUAUCACUUCGAGGAGAAUGUCAAGGCAUUCACUGCUGGCCAGUACAGUGUGACAGGACACGACAAUGUACCUUGCUUUGUGUAUGCCACCUUCAACAACAAAAUAUACAUCUACUACAACAUAAGUCUGCCGCAAGUGGAGUCUACCAACCUCAUCGAAGUCAUGGACCGCAUCCCGGAGACCCACCAGCUCCUCCAACAGCUCAAUAUCAUCGAUCCUGAUACUAAAAAGCUGAGAGAACUUUAUCAUUGGUGUUUAUACGGAAAGAAGGAACAAACUUGACAGAUUCAUUAAGUUAUUUGUGGUAGUCCUUAUAUGUGUUGGUGUCAUUCCAUGGCGGAAGGCCGACCAGACAAAUAUCAUAUUGGUAAUGAAUGAGAAGGAGGAGAGCAGUGAAGGAAAUUUGAAAAGACUAAAGAACUGUGAUUUAACAACCACACAAAAUGAUCAUCACCUUUCUUGCCAGAAUAUUAUAAGUUUCGUGUUUUGUUUUAAAGGAAUGAAACAUGGAAAAAAUUAAGAAAUUGCUUCAAAUAAAGGAAGGAAUUUAAACGUUCUGAAAACUUAUGGAA